UCCGGAGUGAGAUGCGGAAGUAAGUUUUACCGGAAGUUGCUGUUGUUGCUUAUUGUUGCUAGCUUCACAUAGGAGACACGUUGUAAACUAAUAGAAAUGGAUAUAAUAUUAAAACGUAAAAAAAUAUUUUUAAACCAGGCGUUGUGCUGUGUGGUUUGAAUUUGCAUUGAACUUCCUGUGGGUUUACCAAUGAUUUUUUUUGAUGAACUACGAUAACGUUACGUAUGCAAAAGCCUUCGUAAAAGUGUAACAAGCUAUCAUGGCUGAAAUUGCAAAAACAUUCAGGGUCCCGGGGCGACAUGGUUACGCUGUAGAAAUGUCUCCAUAUUUAACAUCCAGAUUGGCUUGUGCUACAUCUCAGUAUUAUGGAAUAGCAGGCUGUGGGACACUGCUGGUGCUGGAGCAGACUGAAAGUGGCAUCAGUCUUGUAAGGAGUUUUGACUGGAAUGAUGGAUUGUUUGAUGUUACCUGGAGCGAGAACAAUGAACACGUGCUGGUCACUGCCAGUGGGGAUGGAUCUCUUCAGAUCUGGGACACAAACAACCCUAUGGGUCCAUUACAGGUCUUCAAAGAGCACACACAGGAGGUGUACAGUGUUGACUGGAGCCAGACCCGUGCAGAGCAGCUGAUAGUGUCUGGUUCCUGGGACAGCACUGCUAAAGUUUGGGACCCCGCAGCCAGCAAGUCAAUAAGUACUUUCCAGGGUCACGAAGGUGUCAUUUAUAGCACAAUUUGGUCUCCUCAUAUACCAGGUUGUUUUGCUUCAGCGUCUGGUGGCAUCAAGGUCAUAGGAGACUUCAAAAUGGUGGCAUUCCUGAUGGGUCUCCAAGGCGGUUUUACCAAGUUUCCCUGCUAUCUUUGCCUUUGGGACAGCAGGGACACCAAGGCGCACUACCACAGGCGGGACUGGCCACAGCGGACCGAGUUCUCUGUGGGGAGGAACAACGUCAAGUGGGAGCCACUGGUGGACCCCCGGAAGGUGCUGAUGCCACCACUGCACAUCAAAUUGGGCCUUAUGAAACAAUUUGUCAGAGCUCUAGAUAAGGAGUCGGCAGCCUUCAAGUACCUUCAAGACUUCUUCCCUAAGCUGUCUGAGGUAAAGGUCAAAGCCGGUGUCUUCGUCGGACCACAGAUAAAGAAGAUCCUGGAGUGCAAUGAAUUCCCCAAGAAGCUCACUAGUAAGGAGAAAGCGGCUUGGAACAGCUUUGUCGCAGUGGUUCGGGGCUUCCUGGGCAAUCACAAGGCUGAAAACUAUGUGGAGCUGGUUGAGACUCUGGUGAAGAACUACGGCACAAUGGGCUGUAGGAUGUCCCUCAAAGUCCAUAUCCUUGAUGCUCAUCUUGAUAAAUUCAAGGAGAACAUGGGAGCGUACUCGGAGGAGCAAGGCGAGCGCUUCCACUAGGAUUUACUGGACUUUGAACGCCGCUACCAAGGACAGUAUAACGAGAACAUGAUGGGAGACUACAUUUGGGGGCUGAUUCGUGAAAGUGAUUUACAGUAUAAUCGUAAAUCUCGAAAAACUACUCACUUCUAAAUCUUUUGUAGUCAUUUUUGUAUUACUUUAGUAUCAAUACAUGUUAAUUUGGAUUCAUAUGUUGUUUUUUUCUGACUUUAUGUGAACGAAAAGAUACAAAUUCGCCUGUUUUCUCAUUGGAAAUAGAUACAUUUCAAAAUAUCACUGUCCUGGUCACAAAAGCAAAGUCUGUGGGGAAUAAUAGCCAUUUUCUAUACUUUUGAGGCAUAAGCAAUUAGGAAAUAACACUUACUACCCAGGAACAAAAAUUGUGUUACAUAGUGUUAUUUGUUUUCAGUUUAAGACAAUGAAACUACAGUAGUUGCAUCUAACAAGAAGUACAAUACAUAUUUACCAUUUUGUAACCUUCCUGUUUAAUAAAUAUUGUUAGUUUUUUUUAUGUACACCCAACAGGUCUGAUGUUCAUGGUUUCAUUAGAAAUAAAAGGUUUGUUCUGAAGCAGUACCCCGGCUGGUGUUAUCUUUUGUUAUCUGUUAUCAAAAAGGGACUGAAAAAGCCUCAAGCAACUCAUUUAGUCAACAGUAAGUUACACUGCUUAGCUACCUGAUGUCAACGGUAGUUUGUCAUCCCAGAUAAGAUGUACAGUACAGAGACCAGUGGAGGAUGUGACAUGGUCCCCUAAGGGCUGAUAAAUAUAUGUAACCCAAAGAAAGAGCAGUCAUGUGAUGUGGAAAAUGUGAUUAAAGAAAUGACAUAAAUAAUAACCUAUUGGCAGGGAAGGUUUAAUGAGUCGGUGUAUGGCAAGUUGAACAAUGGUGCAACGUGCUGCUGCUGUGAAGCCAAGCAGGUGUUGACUCAAAAGUUUGUAUUCUGUGGCACUCUUUGUUCCCAGUGAGGCUGUUUUAAUCACAUGUUUUGAUGCUUUGAAUACAUUAACACUGUUAAAAGAAAAAAAAUUGAAGAUUUUUUUUUAAGUUUCUGUUAAAUCAUUUCACACUUCAAUUGCUGUUGGUGAGGGCUGAGAGUGUGUGACUCAAACAACACUCAGUACUUACCAGGGCUAGAAAGCAACCUCUUCCUUUUGUGCAUCUGUACUAAGCUGAUUUAAAUACAAUCAUAAAUGAUCUCAAACUGUUUGCAUUUGUUGGUAAAUAAGCCAACAGCAGUCUGUAAAAAAUUAAUAAAUCCAAUUUUAUUCAUAAAGAAAUAUAUAUUAAAAAAAACAAAAAAAAAAACACACAUUCUUCAAAUAAUAGCAUGGUUUGUGCAUUCAAGACUACGGGAAAUGAUACAGGGCACACAUACUGUUUGCAAUUACUGCAGAAUUAGCACUGUGUACGUUUCAUAUUAUUUAUGCACGUUUCAUAAUGGGCAGUACAUGCCUAGAUUAAUUGUUAUUUGUUUGUUUCUCUGCUAUAAUAUCUACUUUAGUUUGCCAUGUCAUAUCUAACAAGGCAGAGUUUGAGCAGUCAUCACUUGGUUUGGUUAUGAGCAUUCCGGAGUACAGUUUAUCCACAACCAAGCUUUUUGGCUGGGCAUCAGCAAUGGCCCUUUAUAAAAUCUUCUAUUGCUGCCUGCCUAGAGAUACCAAAAUGCAGAGUGUGUUGAAAUACAGUAUAUUUAUUACUGUUUAAAUUCUCACAGUGUCAGUUUCAGUUUAUGGCAUGUCUAGUUUUAAUUAUUUUACAUUUGAAAUACUGAUUGUUAUUUGUUUGUGUUUAUUUAAGAAAUAUUUCAUGAUUUCUUCAGCAGUUUGCUUUAAGGUAACAUCAUUUUUUUCUGACCACGGUGCAGUAAAAACCUUUCUGUAUAAAAAAAAAAAA